CAAUAAUCUCUAUUUCAAUACUAUCUCCACAGCAUCUUAAUUGUUUGGUCUUUUCCUCAUCUAGAAUCAACCAAAAUAAAAGAAGCAGAAAUUUGCAAGUAUAGGCAAAGAUCAUAUGAACAAGUGAAACUGAAUUGUACAAACCCAAAACUUACCCAUCAUCCUAAGUCCUCCCAAGUCUCAACGCAUCAUACAUUCACACUUGACAUCCCAAUUCCCAGCCCCCGGGGAACGCAUGACCCCUAACUACUACUAGAUUGACUGAAUCAUUUACUCCUAAGUCGUUUCUGAAAUACCCAUUGGAGAUUUGGAGGCGUAGGAGCUCAAGAAAACCAGUCAAUGGCGGCAUCCUGGUUAUUCCUUCUGACAAUCUUUGUAGCCUUUUUCACAUUAGCUACUUGUAUCGAUGACAAGUGCGCUGCUUGCCAUGCUAUUGCGGAAGAGUUGGAGCAGGGGAUUGCUAAUGAGAAACCAAGGAAUCAUUUGGACCUGAGAAAUCGUUUGGAUUCUAAAGGACAACGUAGAGGAAAAGUGAUUGAUUACAGAGUAAGUGAGCUACGAGCUGUGGAACUUUUGGAUGGCCUUUGUGAAAAGAUGCUGGACUACACCCUUCAAAAGACUGACUCCAAUAGACAAGGCUGGAUCAAAGUUAACAGCUGGGAGAACCUCACCAUUAACAAACAAGAAGCCCGAGCACAUUCCAAAGAUAUAUCAUCUUACUGUGGAAGGUUGCUGGAGGAAACUGAAGAUGAGUUGGCGGAGUUAAUUAAAAAGGGGUCUAUUGAAGCCGGAGCAGUUGCCAAGGUAUUAUGUGAGGAUCUUAGCCAGCACUGCCGGAAGAACAGUGGCUUGCAAAAUGAAGCCGACAAGGAUGAUGGUGAUGAUGAUAUAGAGGAUGAACUUUGAAGCCUUCAGUUUUUCAAUUUUUUCAGGAAGUUGUCAUAUUCUUGAUGUGAUACGAGCUAAAAGUUCUAGCUAGGUGAACUGAACUUAGUUGUUACAUGUAGCUAGGAUUCCGACUGCUGUCAGAGGUAAAGUUACUCUAAAAAUGUCAAUCCUUUGCUUUUCUUCAACGUCCUGAAAAACAAGGCUCGUUUGAUCAUACUACGAUGGAAAGAUCUACAUGAAUUCAUUUAUAAACAUCAUAUAUUCUUAGUUUUAGAACAAAGGAUCUUGUUGAAU